GGUUUAUGUUUUGCUUCCCAUCUCAGCUCCAGACAGUUCUCGUCGUCGGUUCCAGCGGACAGGUCGUAUUAGUGUCGGUAUAGUUUCUGGCAGUGGCGCUGUUUCGUCGCGGUUCAGCAGUGUGGGAGAGCGGUCGAACACGCGUAGGUAUCCACAAAAGCGCAAAACGUGGUGGUCGUGCUUUGCGUACGUACAUAUCAGAGUUUGACUGGCUAACUCAACUGCUGGCUGGCUCCUCGUAAGCUGAUCCGGUCAAACACAUUUACCUGUUGGAAGUCUCGUGUGUGCUGCUGCUGCUGCUGCAUAUGCUUAAGGUGUGCGUGAUGGCGACUUGUUGAAGAACCUGAGUUGAGUUCGGGCUGCGCCUACCUUUUAGUGCUAUACUUUGCCAUCACUUAUUACCCCGUCAAUGGGAAAGCUAUGAAGUCACCACAAGGCACAAAAAGUCGUAAAAGUGUUGAUCUUUGCGAACUUGCAUCGCGCCUGCCAAGAAAGGUGUUCUGUAAAUGUUUGAAAAUUUGAGAAAAUUAUUAGAAAUAUUGGCAAGUGUUAUUUCAGAUUUGUGCACUGAAACGGGAAAUAUCCAGUGAUACAAGUAAAUAAAUAAAUGAAAGCACAAUAAAGAUGAAAAUAUUGAGUGUUUGCAUAAUUUAGCAGAAGAAAACUUAUAUCCAGUGAAGAACGUGCAAAACAUCAAACGAGAAGAAAUAACUGUGCAGCAAAGUGUCAGUCAGUCAAAAAAAAGAAGCAAAAACAAUCACCAUUAGAUCUACAUUAGCACCCAAAGCCGAGCUGUGCUACAUCAGAUGGUGGAAGGUAACAACCAUCAGUAAGCAAAGCACCGCAACCAACGGAUGGAAGAUUUGCUUGUCAUUUCCGCCGUGGAUUAUCUCCGGAUCCGAGUAAGGUCGCCACCGCAUGCAGAUCGCUGCACUCGAGAAAGUGUUUAAACGGCAGAUAAAAGGGAACGAACGAACAAACGAUAAAAAAACGAGAAACUAAACCAAGAUGAAACACCUUCGAGUAAUCGCAGUCACUGUGUUGGCCAUCCUGGCUGGCACUUACGCUGGAGAUUGCGGCGAAAAGUUCCGCGGAAAGUGCAGUUGUGGACUACAAACGUACAACUAUCAAACGAAAUACGUGGUCAAUUGCACCAAUGAAGGUUUUCGAGACGCUGCGGUGCUGGAAUACAUUCCCACGGAGACAGAGGUGGUUAUUUUCACCGGAAACUACAUACAAGAGCUGCCCUGGAACGUGUUCGGCACUAUCAAUGAUCGGCUGAAUCUAACUAUUGUCGACAUGAGUAAUAAUCAUAUCCACGAGAUUCGCGGCAAGACGUAUCACCACGUACCGAACGUGAGACGGCUGAUUCUCAACCACAACAAUCUGAGCAUUUCCAGGUACGACGACGAAGCUUUCAACUAUCACCACCCGAGGGUGUUCUCCAACUUCGUCAACCUGAUGGAAUUGCACUUAACGAAUGCAUUUGCCGACAAUACAUCAGCUGAACUGUCUGCCGAUCUGCACGAUAUCUUCGUCAGCAGUAAUCUAACAAAACUGGUCAAACUACAUCUUGAACAGAACGAAAUCUCCCAGUUCAACGACAAAAGAGUAUUCUGCGAUUUUCCUGCCCUGCUAGAUCUCCAUCUAGGAGACAAUUUACUAACGGAGCUAAACUUCAACAUAACGUGUUUGAAAAAGCUGCGCUUUCUGGAUCUCGAACGGAACAAGUUCGAAACGUUGCGACCUCACGAUAUGAAAAUGCUCGAUGAAGUUCAGCGCGAGCCAGGGCGAACAACUCCCUUCAUGGUUGACUUCACGUUUAACCCAUUCCAAUGCGAUUGUGCCAUCUAUCCAACGUACGACUGGAUGCGUAGUACCAAUGUAACCGUUCGUAAUCUGGACAAUCUCAUGUGUUUCCGUAAGAAACACCAGGAGCCAAUUUUUUCGCUGAACAUGAAGAAGUGCCAAAAAUCUCGAUCGGGAAAACGUGAUCACACCGUCACAUUGGUAUUCGUCCUUAUUUGUCUAAGUUGCAUCCUGGUGGUUCUGGUCGGUUCGUUAAUCUACGUGAGCAAGGACAAGCUAAAGACAUGGAUCACUCCGGUGGUGGAUCACGUUUCGAAAAAGGUCCAAUACACCAGCAUCAAGGACGAAGAAGCCCCAGAGCAAUACGUAUGAUGUAGCGCGUUAAUCCAGCGCGGACCCAGUGCCCCGCGGGUGGAACCUGUAUAGAAACCGGCAAACAGUGUGAUCGCAAGCGGAACCACAGACAGGAUCUAAUCAUAUCGAAUGUAGCUUAGCUUAGGAUCAAUGCCCGCUGAAGCAAAUGCUGUGUAUAUAAGUGAAUAAUGAGGACGAGAAAACUUAAUUUUGAAAAAAAAAACUAAACUAAUGCAACUAAUGCUUGAAGCAACAAAACAUUUUAAAAAGACGUACGGUUAGAGAUGAAGAAAUAACCUUAUAGGUUCCCUAGCUAAUAAUGAAUGAAUGUUUUAACAAGUUUUUCUUUUCGUUAAGUUUAGAACAUAGGAUAGUGUGACUAGAAAAUAAAAUCUAAGAACGUACUGAUCUGAGCAAUUGCUGUCUCUUGUGUAGACAAUUAUUGAUUUAAAUUUUAAGAAUACAAACAUGUUUACAGUUGAAUAAAAUGGAUUUCGAUAUGCCAUCAAAGGA